GGACGAACCGUUUUAAAUAUCUCUGGAUCCUGAGUUCAGACGGAACAACGGGCUGGUUUCUGUUUCUGCCUGAUUUAUUAUCUGAUCACUUUUCAUUCGCUGCAACAAGAUACAAACUUUCUGCUCUCCUGUCAGAAAAUGGAUCUGAAAUCAUUUUUCCUGUGGAAACGUGUUCAGUUUUUCUUUGCUGUCUUCCUCUCGGCUUUUGGACAAAUCUCUUUCCUCCACGGUCAGCAGAACGUGACAGCAGAACCCGGUCAGAACAUCGUUCUGCCCUGCAGAGCUGCAGGCAGAUCGACCGUCAUCGUAGUGAAGUGGGUCAGAACCGAUCUGGGCUCAGAUUACGUUCUGAAGUUCAGAGACGAGCAGUUUGACCCAGAAAACCAGAACCCGUCCUUCAGGAACCGAGUGGACCUGCAGGACCGGCACAUGAAGGACGGAGACGUGUCUUUGGUUCUGAGGAACGUGACGGCUGAUGACGGCGGGUCGUACGAGUGUCGAGUCGUCCAGAGAGGAGAGUCACAGAUCCGACCAAUCAGCAGCGUGGUUCUGCUCGUGGUUCCGCCAGGAACUGGAGGAGAAAGCAGAGACGAUGGAGGGACAGAAGACGGACAUGGUGGACCAGCGCCGUCUGUCUCAGGUUGGAUCCUCAUCCUCGUCAUCAUCAUCAUCAUCAUCAUCGCUGCUGUUGGACUGGUGAUCUACAGGAAACCAUCAUGUCUGAGGAGGAAGUACCUCCCAGCUUCCUGCUGAUCAAGCAGCAGCUUCAGGUGGAGGUUCGAUCUGAUCUGAUCAGAAACAGGGAAACAUCGAUCAAUACUGAAGAACGUCCUGCUGUCUUCAUCUCAGAGUUUAACGUGAACAGCUCCUGGUUCUGAUGGACACAUCAGAACCAGGAGCUUUAAAGAAAAAAUGCUCAACAUUGAGGAAAGCUGUGAUCCGUGUUGAGAGGUUUGGUGUCAGGGUUUCCAUGGUAACGCAGGCUGAACAUUGGGGGCAUUAGGUGAUGUUUCAGGUCAGGGUUUCCAUGGUAACGCAGGCUGAACCUGUCGACUGAAUUCAUGUCCAGCAGAUGUUUGGGUUCUAACUGUGACUGUAGAGCUGAAGUUCUGGGUCCAGUCUGGUUCUGAUGGUUUGUGUUUUUACUACAAUGAUGGACAGACAGACAGACAGAUGGAGGAAACCCAGGACUGAAGCAAAGUUUCUUUUUUAAAAGUAGAAAUAAAUAAAUGCUGUUUAUUAAUUAGCUGCUAUUAAAUCCUCUGGUGUCAGAGCCGCUGCCUGUUGUACAGCGUUUUGACCAGUAGGUGGCGCAGCAGAGCCAAAGCAGCAUCAUAAAUCCAUCAGCUCAUCUCCACUGGUUCAGGUUCAGUUACUGGUGACCAGUGGAUCCAUAAUGUCAAGAUGACAACAUUAAAGUUUAUAUUUGAUUAUUUAUAAAUGUGUGUUUAUGU